UGUGUGAUUAGUGUGUCCCAAGCCUCCCAGAAGAAACCAAUCGUCAUAAAUUACUCAGAGGAAUAUCAAAAUGAUAAGAACAAAUCUAUCAUCAGCUUCAUCAUCUCUACCAAUCAGCAAUCGUUUCUUUCUCACUCACCGUGCUCUUUCAGUUGUUGGAGGGGUCUGCACAAAUCAAAAAGGGAACUUUUUGGUUACAAAGAGAGCAGAAGUAGUGGAGCUCACAUUGGUUAUUAGAGAGGUUGAAUCGUGGUGCAGAGUAUGGAAGCUUUGAGGAUCGAGGAGAAGUAUGUGGAAGUAAUGAGAGUUUUGGAGGCUGUGAAAGAAGAAGUGAGUGAGGUGAAGCUUGAUGUAGCAUCUGUAUUGGGAGAGAGAAGUGCAGCAAUGAAAGAAGUUGAGGAAUUGAGUUUAAAAACGGAAGAGGAUUUGAGAUUGUUGGAGAGUCUUAAGAAAGAAAUCGAAGUGGCGAAUGAGGAACAUUUGAUGGCUGAAUUGGGAAAGGUCGAGGCUUUGAAGGAAUGUGAGGAGAUUGAAAGGCAGAGAGAAGAGAAAGCUAAAGAGGUUUUGGAUUUGUUGGUCAAAAAGAAUAAGAGAAUCAAGGAAAUGUUGGAAGAAGCUGAGAGAGCUAAAGGUAUUGAGAAAGAGUUAUUUGAGACGAGUUCAGAUGUUGAGAUGUUGCAAACACAGCUUGAGCUUGUCAAGAAGAUGGAGAGGAGAGUUCAUAGGAGAGAUAAUAGUAUGUCGAGAUCAAACCGCUCUUUUGAAAGAGGGAAGAUUAAUUUAUCGGUUUUGAAAGAAGUAACAGAAGAGACUGAAAUGAAAAAGGAAGAACUUGGUUCUGUUAAUGCUGAGCUCUUUCGGGUUAUGACGGUAAUGGAUGUCUUGAGGAAUUAAGUUAGUCAAGUGAAAGACGAAGCAUCUCGCCUAGAUAGAGUCUUGAGGAAAGGUGAUGUUAAGAUUCAGAAACUCAACUCGAAGAUAGUUAUGGCGAAAACUAAGUUGGAAGCAGUAUCGAUCGCUGAGGAGAGAAUUAGCUCACUUGCUUACAGUUUAGUUGGUUCUCUUGAGAAGUUAAAGAAAAACAGAAAUGCUGCAAGGAAAGAGGAGGUUCUUCUCAAAAAGGAGAAGAUGGUUACAAAGGCUGAAACACUGAAAGCCAAAGUUGAUAUAGACGAAAUGGAAAAAGAAUUGAUUUCCAAGUUGGAUGAGCAUGAGGAUGCGAAAACCGCAGAGGCUUUAGUGCUUGAGAGGCUUGAAUCUCUUAUAGAAGACACAAUAAAGAGUCGAGAAAUGGAGUCUGAGCAUUGUGCAAUGAUCACAAUCUCGAGGUUUGAGUACGAGUAUUUGACUAAACAUGCCUCUCAAGCAGAAGAAACCGCAGAGAAAAAAGUCGCAGCAGCAGAGGCAUGGGUUGAAGCAGUCAAGGCUUGCACGAAAGCGGUUUUGAUGAAGACGGAAACUUUGAUCAGAGAGAGUGGAAUGACGAAAGUGGAAGAAGAAAAAGAAGCGUUUAAGAUGGAAAGGUCAUUGUCAACGAAGAGAUUGGUCGAGGAUGAGAUUCAGAAGUUUAAGCAGUGCCCUGAAGCCAAAAGCUAUCUUUCUCCUAAACCAGUUGGAAAACUCACGCCAGUACAACGAGGGAAGCCAAGAAGAUAUUCACCUGCAGGGACUCCAACGUUCUUUGUAAUCAAGAAGAAGAAGAGAGUUCCGAAUUUGGCCAAGUUUUUAACCCGGAGAAGUUAAAGUAACAAUCAUUUUUUGACUUGUGAGAACAAUUAUAUUUGUUAGAUUUCCUAAGAAGUAAAUCGAUGAAAUGUUUCAUAUUCUUGUUCA